AUGACUUAUAACAAUACACUUGUUACUGGUGGAUCCAAUCUAUCAGGGAUAGUUUACCGUAUAACUAUAGUUCAGGUUUUGGUGGUAAUCUUUCUUUCUGUUAAUUUUUUGCAGCUCACAACCAUUUUUAAGAAGGAUUUCUUUUACAGAACCAUGCGCUACAUCUUAUUUGCUAAUACAUUAAUAGCUGAUUGUAUGACCUUGUUGGUGUCAAAUCUCUUGGUAAUCCUACUCAAUUUUCAGGUAACUAUGCAAGUAUGGUUGUGUCUUAUGUUUUACUUUGAGUUAUCUUUGCAUAAUUUUAUCACGCCGGUGACUCUGACAGCCAUGACUCUGGAGCGUUAUGUGGCCAUUUGCAUGCCGCUGCGUCAUGGUGAGUUGUGUUCCACUCGCAGAGCUCUGCACUCCAUCCUCAUCAUUCAUGCCCUUAGCUCUAUUCCUUUUAUUGUUAUUAUCUCUGCUCUGUUUUCAUCUGUCACAGUAAGGUUUUCUAUUGAAUAUGUUCUGUGUUCUGUGGAGGUAACCGCCUUUUAUAACUGGCAGCGAUAUCUUAGGUCAGUUAUCUGCCAGUUUUAUUUUUUAAUCAUGUGCAUCAUAAUUGUAUUUUGUUAUGUUAAAAUAACGAAAGUGGCCAAAGCUGCAUCAGGAGAAAGUAAAAAGUCAACUAGUAAAGGCCUCAGAACAGUGGUUCUUCAUGCUUUCCAGCUGCUCCUCUGUCUCAUCAAUCUUUUGUGUCCAUUGAUAGAAAGUGCUCUUUAUCAGAUUGAUUUCAUGUUAUUGCAUCAUGUCAGAUACAUUAACUUCAUCAUCUUUGGUCUUGCACCAAGAUGUCUAAGUCCUCUCAUUUAUGGCCUCAGAGAUGAAAAGUUUGUUCAUGAGCUGAAAUACAAUGCUUUUUGUGGUUUGCACAGGAAGAGAUCAGUGUUAAAACAGAAAAUAAUAGUGGGAUAA